AAGGGAAAAGAGAGAGAAAGUGAGAAAAGAAAGAGAAGGAAAGAAAUGAAAGAGGGAGAUAGAGAGAGAAAGAAGGAGAGACAGAGAGUGAGAGACAAAGAGAAAAGAGAGAGAGAGUAAAUGGAAUUUCUCUAUUUCACAUGUCCUCACUUUCUUCAUUACAGAUUAAUAAACCUAUUCAUGGAUCUGGACCAACUCCUUUAAUGUGGGCCUGUGACGUGGGCGCCGAUAGAAGAAUCAUCGAAAUAUUGAUAGAAUCAGGAGGCGAGGUGGGAAGAAAAGACCCAAUUGGUCGUACAGCUUUACAUUGGGCUGUGUAUUGUCAUAAUCUUGAAGUCGUGGAACUCUUACUAUCACGGGGAAGCGACAUAAAGGGGAAGGACGAUGAUGGCUGGACUCCUCUCCAUUUGGCUGCAGCGAAUGACCGGAGAGAUGGCGUUGCAUUCCUAUUAAAACAGACCGAUGUUGAGGUUAAUCCUCGAGAUGAAGAUGGUCAAACACCGCUGCACCGGGCCUGUUAUAAGGGAAGCUUGCACACUGUCGAGCUGUUGUUGGGUCACAAUGGCAUCGAUGCCAAUGUCGUGAACAACAAAGGUGACACACCACUGCAUGUGGCAGUUCAGCGGCAAAGAUAUAAUAUAGUGUCAAAGAUGCUGAUCCAGGGUUCACUUCAGUUGGACAUUAAGAACAAAAUGGAAAGGACACCAUUGCUUGAAGCCGUUUCCCGGGGUCACCUCGGAAUGACACAAAAGUUAAUAGCUCUGGGUGCAAAUGUAAAUGCUGUUGAUGGUGAAGGUAACAGCUGUUUGCACCUAGCCAUGGCAACAAAAGUGUUUAAUUCCGAGGAUGCACCCUUGGAUUUACUAAACGAAUGCUGCACUGCCCUUAACCUGAAAAUAGAGGAAAGGCUCUCUGGUACAGUGGUUGCGAGAUAUCUCGCCAGCCAGGGAGCGGACUUCCACCAUAAAAACAACAAAAAUAACACACCAUUGGACCUCAUUAAGGAUCCAAAUUUGAGAAGAAAAUUAGAAACAUGUUUACCACCACAGUAAGUAUUUCCUGGCAAUGGAACAGAUAAACCAGUACAUUUUCUAUUU